UCGUGUCACAUCGAAUUAGUAUCAGACCUCUCGGCGGAAGCAUUCCUUGCCACACUUCGUCGCAUUGUUUCUCGAAGAGGAAAACCCACGCAGAUUUGGAGCGAUAACGCGACUUGUUUUCGGCGUACGGAUAAAGAUUUAAGGGAACUUUAUCGACUACUUCAAAGACCAGAUAUGAAAGAAUCUGUUAUGAACUUUUGUUCGUCCCAAGGCAUCCAGUGGAUGUUUAGCCCACCCACCGGUCCUCAUCAUGGUUCUGUUUGGGAGAACGGGGUAAAGUCCUGUAAACGGCACUUGAAGCGAAUAGUUGGGGAAACCAAACUAAACUUCGAAGAAAUAACAACCACCCUCUGCCAAAUCGAAGCCUGUCUCAACUCUCGUCCACUGAUACCUUCGCUUGAUACAAAUGAUGAUGAUGGAAUAUCUCCACUUACUCCUGGGCAUUUUCUAAUUGGACGUCCUUUAGAAGCUCUACCUAGCCGCAUUUAUAAAGAGCCCAUUCUUGGUUUAAAAAGAUGGAAACUCUGUCAAGCAUUGACACAACAUUUCUGGAAACGAUGGUCUGCUGAAUAUCUCAAUUGCUUACAACGAUUUAACAAGUGGAAAGUUCCAAAACGAAAUCUUCAACUAGAUGAUAUUGUCCUCGUUAAAGACAAUCGUACACCAACUUGUCAAUGGCCUCUUGCUCGAGUCACAAAGGUUCAUCCUGGUCCAGAUAAACUUGUUCGAGGCGUUACUGUACAAACGAAGACUGGCACCUUCAUCCGACCGAUUGUGAAGUUAUGUUUACUUCUACCAGCGAAGGAAGUGCCGAAGAAAGAUGAUGAAAUGAAGUGA